AUGGAGAAGUCGGGUGACCUGAAGGAUGAGCCAGCACCGCCCCUGCAUCGCUGCGAGAGGAGCCGCAGCCCAGACCAUGUUCUUGUUAAAUCCCUUUGUCCCCAAACGAAUUUCCAAGAUUAUUUGGGUGCCCGAAGCAGAAAGCGGUUGCGUAAGGGCUGCAGUUCGCGCUACUUUGUGGACCUGACCAGCAUGAAGGAGCACUUCAGGUCCAAGGUGCACAAGAAGAGGCUGAAGCAGCUGCGGGAGGCACCGUACACGCAGGAGGAGGCAGAGCGCGCCGCCGGGAUGGGCUCCUACAUCCCCCCAAAGAAGAGCGGUUUUAAGGCCUCUUUCCUUGGGUCAGAGGUUGACCCCCCCAAAACGAAGUACGUGCUGGCCCAUCAGUCGGUCCCGGACAGGGAGGAAGACUGCUACAGCGAGACAGAAGCCGAGGACCCCGAUGACGAGUCCCCCAGGCACAGAUGCGACUCGCCAAAGAAGAGGCUGCAAAAUGCUCCGGAGAAAGUCCAGCUCUUCCCGGCCGGCGGUGAGCCCAGCAGUGCAGCCAGCAGCCCCCAGGGCAGCCCCCGGCCCUGCUCGCCCAUGGACCCCGCCGGGGAGGAUCUCGAGUGCCUGAUGCGGUGCCUGAAGCAGGGGGGGGUGUCCCUCAUCGGGCAGCAGCGGUUCCUGACGCAGGAGCAGUGCCGCAAGUCCUUCAUCCGGCGCAACAAGAACCCCCACAUCAACGAGAAGGUGCACGCGGUGCGGGCCCUGCAGAGCACGCCCAAGGGGGGAGCCCGCGGCCCCCCGACCCCCCCAAAGCCCCCUGCCCAUGGGAGAAUUGGCUUCUGCUACAUCCCCCCCCUCCCUGGGGCGAGGCGUUGCAGUGACAGUCUUGCUUUUUUCAAGGACUUUUUGCCUCGGCUGCAUGUUGGCAACGGGGGCCUUUUCCUGGAGGAACGUGCCCCCGCCGUGCACACCGGUGCGGUGCCGCCAGCCGUCCUGGCCGGGGUCUCUUCUGCUGUAAAUAAAACCGUAUCGACGAGGGCCGAUUGUGCCGUGGUUUUUCUUGGCGCUGAAAUGUCCCUGCAGUGA